GAAAGAUUCCUGGUUGAAGACAGAUCACUUGGGUCUUGUCAGAAUCAGAAAUGGCUUCAUGGGGUGCAGGAAGCUCAUGUGAGCUGCCAAUCACUGAUUGAGUUCUGCCUCCAACAGACCUGGGGAUGAAGGCUGCUGGCAUCUUGGCCCUGAUUGGCUGCCUGGUCACGGCCACUGAGCCCAAAGUCUACACUCGCUGUAAACUGGCAAAAAUAUUUUCGAGGGCUGGCCUGGACAAUUACCAGGGCUUUAGCCUUGGAAACUGGAUCUGCAUGGCAUACUAUGAGAGCCACUACAACACGACAGCUCAGACCGAGCUGGAGGAUGGAAGCAUCGACUAUGGCAUUUUUCAGAUAAAUAGUUUCACAUGGUGCAGACGUGCUAAGCUACAAGAGAAGAACCACUGUCACGUGGCCUGCUCAGCCUUGAUCACGGAUGACCUCACAGAUGCAAUUAUCUGUGCCAAGAAAAUUGCUAAAGAGACAGAAGGGAUGAACUAUUGGCAAGGCUGGAAGAGACACUGUGAGGGCAAGGACCUGUCUGAGUGGAAAAAGGGAUGUGAGGUUUCAUGAACUGGAACUGGACCCAGGAGGCUCGGCAACCACUCCCUAGGAUUUGUAGUGAAUGUCCAAGUUCUCAUGUCACCUUGUCCCCCCUUCCUCCCAAUGUUCCUUCUUGAAGUUGGAGAGGGAAAACUAAGUUACAGUUUUAAGGAAAUAAAUAUUUCCAUU